UCAUAUUGUUCCUCCUAUGGGGUUUAUGCUGUUGCAAGGUUAGUGCUGCUCUGUACAUCAACCCUGGAGAAUUGAGCUGAUGCUGCCCUUCCUUUACAUCGGUGUUGCUAUGUCGUGUGGGUCAUGCUGAAACCUUCCUUUACAAUUUCGUUUUUGCUAAAUCUGGUUUUGAGCUGACAAUUAUGUUUAUUCUUCUUGUGCAAGGAGAUCAAGGCGAGGGCUAGAUGAUGGAUUUUGCAGCCUGCAGUUGUAUCCAUCACUUUGUAUGUGUAUGUACAAACCUGUGAAGAAAGUCAUGGUCAUAGGAUCUCCAAGUACAGACGACAUCAUUAACCAGUCUUCAUUUUCUGUGAUAGAUUUUGUGUUAUUUUGAUUUUCAUUAUGUAGCCACUUGCGUGUGAUUAUACGGUGCUUGUAAAAUCAAAUAUACUCUGCUCCUAGACAUGUUUUGGAAUCAGACAGUGAGAAUGGUAGCUGGAAAGUGGAGCUCAUUAGAAGAAAUUUUAUUGCUCCAGAAGCUGACGCCAUUCUGAAUAUUCCGCUUAGGCGGGGUGGUGGAGAUGAUUUCUGGGCCUGGAACCAUGAGAAGACAGGCAUCUUUUCUGUUAAAACAGCGUACCGUGCUCUAGUGAAUCGAAACGAGCGGCUUGCUCUAGAUGAAGGGACGGUAACCGAAACCUCAACCAAUGAACAACAGAUGUGGAAGUCACUCUGGAAGUUGAAUGUUGUGCCAAAGGUGCGUGUUUUCUGGUGGAGAGUAUUGCGUGGUAUUCUUCCGGUUGAGAGCACCUUAAUGCACAGACAUAUAACACAGAUAGGUCGAUGCAAGAUCUGCCUAGCUGAUGAUGAGGAUAUGAUGCAUGCUUUGAUUAAAUGUUCACAUGCAAGGAAAUUUUGGGACGAAGCUCAAGCUUGGAUGAACUUCAGCCUUCCUAGGCUACAUCCGAUUACUUGGUCCAAGGAUAUCCUUUGUGACCCCAUGUUUGAUGACUCAGACCGACCAAAGAUCAUAACGGUAAUGUGGGCGAUCUGGACAUCCAGAAAUAAUUGGACGCAUGAUCGUGGUGCUUAUGAUCCGAUACAGGCUUUGAAGAUGGUAAAGGAGGAACUAACGAUACUGAAUUUACCUAAGGGAGAUACCAGGCUGCUGCCAGGCCAUGGGUGGCGCCCACCUGAAGCUGAUACGGUCAAGAUCAAUACAGAUGGUGGGAUUGCUAUUCAUACCAGAACUGGAGGUGCUGGAGGUGUUGCUCGUGCACGUGAUGUUUACCUUGGUUCUUGGAGUAAACCCUAUCCUGGGAUUACUGAUCCUCUUGUUGCUGAGGCCCUGGCAUUGCGAGACGGCGUGAUUUUUGCUCGUCUUCGUGGUUAUAAAAGUGUGAUAAUGGAAGUGGACUGCCUGGAGAUGGUCAAUCUCUGGAACUCUCGUCAUGGUGCUCGUUCUACCGUGACUCCUAUUUUACUAGAACUUGGAGAGCUAGCUCAUAGGUUUUCUUCUUUUGUAAUUCAACAUGUACCUAGAACUGCUAAUCUACCGGCUCAUCUUUGUGCAAAGUUUGCUUGCACUCUGAUGGUAACAAGUAGUUGGCUAGAUUUUAUCCCAGAUUUCCUUACUGUCAGUCUGAUGGCUGAUCAGGCAGGGUCUGUUAUUGUUGAAUAA